GACUUGCAGCAGUAAGCUCGGCUGUGUGUGGGGUACUGGCGCGUGCCGCGGGCCGCGAUAUAUACGGCGGCGGGCGGCGGCGCGGCCAGUGUGCCGCCGCCCGCACAGCCAUGACGACGCCCGCCCCGUACUUGCUCGCGCUGCUGCUGCUCCUGCCCGCGUGCACUGCACACGUGUUCCCCGCGGAGCGAUGUCGCGUGCGCGCGUUCCUCGAGUCUGGGACCGUGUGUGGGGUGGAACGCCUUGCCGACGGAGACGUCAAGUACGCCAGCUUCCGAGGAGUGCCUUACGCUAAGCAACCACUGGGAGAACUCAGGUUUAAGGAGUUGGAGCCUGCGGAGCCGUGGGACUACCACUUCGCGACGGACGAGGGCCCGGUGUGCUACCAGCACGACGUCCUGUACGGACGGCUCAUGCGGCCGCAGGGCAUGAGCGAGUCCUGCAUCCACGCCAACAUCCACGUCCCCAUGGAAGCUCUCCCGGACCAACAUCCUGACGUCACGCUGCCUGGCCUGCCGAUCCUCGUGUUCAUACAUGGAGGAGGAUUCGGAUUCGGUUCUGGUGAUGCAGAUCUACACGGGCCGGAGUAUCUCGUCAGUAAGAAAGUCAUCGUCAUCACGUUUAAUUACAGGUUAAACGUGUUCGGCUUCUUAUCAAUGAACACGACCGCGAUCCCCGGCAACGGUGGUCUGCGGGACCAGGUGACACUGCUGCGCUGGGUGCAGAGGAACGCGAGGGCCUUCGGAGGGGACCCCACAGACGUGACGUUGGCCGGCCAGAGCGCCGGAGCCGUGGCCGCACAUCUACUUAGCUUAUCCCCAGCUGCCGAAGGGUUAUUUAGAAGAGCUAUAUUAAUGAGCGGAACAGCCACGAGUCCCUUCUACAGUGCCUCUCCUGCGUAUGCGCAACUAGUUAGAAACAUGUAUUUGCAAUUCUUGGGCAUCACCUCGACUGACCCAGAGGACAUCCAACGCCAGCUCAUCGAGCUACCCGCCGAGCGACUGAACGCCGCUCACACCAAGCUUAUAGACCAAAUGGGACUAGUGACCUUCGGGCCCACCGUGGAGUCACCCCUGCCGGGAGUUACCACCAUCAUCGACGACGACCCAGAGGCCCUGCUCAAUAAAGGGCGAGGGAAAAAUAUUCCUCUCAUAGUGGGCUACACGAAUUCUGAAUGUGAAACCUUCCGCAAUCGAUUUGAAGCAUUUGAUCUUAUCAAGAAGAUUGCAUCGCAAAGUAUUCUGGUAGUUCCACCGAAAUUGCUGUUCGCGACACCACAGGAGUCGUUGUCCAACUUGGUAUCAAGAAUGUUCGGAAGAUAUUUUAACGGAAAAAUUAAUAUGGAUGGCUUUGUAAAAUCGUGUUCCGAGGGCUUCUACGAGUAUCCCGCGUUAAAGCUGGCACAAAAACGUGCAGAACUUGAUGGCACGCCCGUGUACCUGUACCAGUUCACGUUUGACAGUCCGACCAGCGUCAUCAAGGAGGUCAUGGGCUUAAGUUAUCAAGGAGCAGCUCAUAUCGAAGAUCUGACAUACGUGUUCAAAGCAAACUCAGUGCUCGAGGGGCGGGAAGGCGCCGCGCAGAGCUUAGAAGAUUUGCGAAUGAAGAAUUUCAUGACGGACUUGAUUGUCCAGUUCAUGGCCUGCAGUAAACCGAUUUGCGACGACAAGCAGUCUUUAUGGCCGGAGGAUAAUGGCAAUCAAAUCGAAGUGAUAGAAGCUCCCGGCGUGCUGCGGACCAACAGCAGGUCGCCGAGCCAGCUGGACGUGCUGGACUUCUUCGACAGCUUGCACAGCAGAGUCAACGCGGUGUGAGACUGACCCGGCGCCGCACGGAGCGAUGUGUUUGAUCAAAGACUCUGGUACAGCCGUUGGUGCGACAGUUUGCUAUAAUUUAUUUAGGUUAAGUUUAAUGUCACAAGUCUAGUCGGUAACUCACGUAAUUUCUUGCCUUCGACUCAGUUUUAAUGUUGCUUUUUUAUUUCUACAAGUGAUAAGUUUCAUAUAUUUUUAAAGGUGGCAUUCAGUUACAAUGCUUUAAUGAAAGUUUAAUGAAGUCGUCCAAAUGUUGUCGUAUUUUUCAAAUGACUCGUGUUUGAGACAAAAAUUAGAUAUUUUUGAUUUCCCAUACAUUACUACCUCGAGGUUUUAUAUAACUUGUAUGAGCUAGUACUUAGAUCUUAAGAGAAAUCAGAUUUUAUUGUUUUAAAACUACAAGUAAUUGUGGUUUGUUGUAUUGUAGUGAGAUGAGUGAGAGAAUAUUGUUUUAUCACUUGCGACACAGACUUAGGAUGUUUUUUGUAGAAUAUAAUAUUUUCACAACAUGAACAAUAAACGAAACAUGACAACUAAUGUAAUAAUGUUAGUAAUAGCUACUCUAGAGUUAUGAUUUUGCAAUUUGUAUUUUAAGAUGAGUUAGAUGAUUAGAUCUUUGUGAAAAUAUGUUUGUACAGAUCAUUAGUAAUGCGACACAGAAAUACUAAAACUUGCACUACAGAUACUGAUUUCAUAAAUAUAACAAGGAUCACGUGUUGUUUCCUGGAAGUGGUUUGUUGUGGGAAACGUUUCGAAUCAGUUCUUCCUUAUAAAUCUUAAACACAUACAACUAGAAAUGUAAUACAAAAAAAAGGUAGUUUAACAAACUGUUAGCCAGUUACAAGUAGACUGAUGGUGUGUGCUUUAGUAUAUCUGUGUUGCAAGCGAAGUAAUGACACAAUGAAGCGACUGAUGUAACGUAUUAUUAUUUAAGUGUACUUUUAGUGAAUCACAAUACAUUGUAAAUAUUUCACUUUCUAAUGUAAUUCGUGUCUUCCCGUGCGAGCCGCUAUGAGUACAAUGAUGCACACGGUCGCAUGCUGAACGAUUUAAUAAAAUAAUUGCGACGGGCGGAUAUA